AUGGUUUACCAGAUCCGGAAAGAUCGGCGACUCAAGUGGAAGCACAUCAAUGAGAAAUCUGCUACUGGUGCAGCUGUUACUGCUACUACUGUUGAAAGUAGUAAUUCUACGGAUGGCAAGAAUGGCUUGUUUCCAGUGGAGACUUCUUGUUCUUUAUUUGAAGUGUAUGAAAAUGGUGUCGGAAAUACACUAUCCUGUUUAGAAGGAGAACAUUUUGACGUUAUCUUGAGAGAAUGCGUCAAUAUUAGAAAAUCAAAUUGUUUUGAAAAAGAUGAAGUGCAGUGUACAGAAAUAGGCUUUAUUCCUCAUGAAGGUAACUGUUCUGAAUAUUAUGAGUGUGCAUUUGGUGCAGAUAAAAUAAGCUAUUCAGGAAGCUGUGAUCUGGGGCUAUACUUUGACCCUAUUAAGAAAAUUUGCAACUCGGAAGUGGAAUGCUACCAAACAAAUGAAGUGACCUGUACAACAGAUAAGUUUCUUCCUGAUGAACAUAACUGUACAAGUUACUACCAAUGUGACUAUGGAGAAAACAAGAUAAGCUACCGAAAGACUUGUCAACCUGGUGACCAGUUUGAUCCAAUAGCUAAAGAGUGUAGGCCAGUGAACCAGGUGAAUUGCCAUGAAGUAGGUUCUAAUUUCAACUGUCCUGAGGAGCAGGGAUAUUUUGUUGAUUCUAGUGACUGUUCAAAGUAUUACGAAUGUGUGGGAGGAAACAGUGCAGUAACUUAUCAUAGGAGCUGUGGCUCUUCGCUACAUUUUGACCCUCGUUCCCAGAAAUGUGACAAUGAAGAUAUUGUUGGUUGUCAAGGUUCUCCAUGUACGGCCAAUAUCUCUGAUACGGAUGACUGUUAUAAGUACUUUGCUUGUGUUCAAGGCAUGCAAUAUCAUUGGACCUGUCCUAAUGGUCAGCAUUUUCAUGAGAAUAACUUGACGUGCACUUGGAUACAUUUGGCUGAAUGUGUGACUUAUGAAUUUGAAUGUGAAGAUGGCUAUUUCCAACACAACAGCGGCUGCUAUAAACUGGUAAUGGAGAAUGCCACCUACCAAGAAGCAGAAGAAAAGUGUGCAGCAGAGAAUGCAGUUUUGGCAGUUGUUAAGGAUAGAGACACCCAGCAUUUUCUUCAAGGUUUGGCAGGUGAGGCUGCUGAGGAUACAACAUUGCCAAUGUUUGCCUGGAUAGGAUUGAAUUUUGUGAACUGGCAAUGGUGGAAAUAUGCAGAUAGUUCCAAUCUGAGGUCAAGCUUUUUCAACAGCUGGGAAGGAGGCUCACCAGACAAUGCACUGACAUCUACCUUGGAUGUUUGUAGCAGCAUGAACAAAAUUACUAAUGGAAAUGUGUACUAUAAAUGGAAUGUUUCAGUUUGUGAAGAACUGAAAAGUUACAUCUGUCAAAGAACUGAGCUCAGUUGUCCACAGGGUUAUGUGCUCUAUGGUCACAAAUGUGUGAAAGUUUUUGAAAAUGAAAGAAAAACUUUUGUGGAAUCUCAAGUGGAAUGUGCAGAAGAGGGAGGUCGGCUAGCUGCUGUGACUGAUGUACCCUACCUGAACACGUUGAUCGCGUUAGCUAAAAAAGGGAAUGAGCAGCGUUACUGGGUUGGUAUUUCACGUACAUUAGAAACCAACCAAUGGAUACUGAGUGACGAAAGUACUUUGUCAGAUUUUGUCAGUGCUGAUCUGUCACCUAGAGAUGAAACUUGUGUAACUGUAUACAUGGAAUCUGAAUGGGAAGGAUUCCCAUGUAACCUAACUCUUCCAGCUCUGUGUGUAUAUCCACCUAGUCCUUGGUGCUUUGAUGAUUACAAGCCCUAUAAUGGGAUUUGUUAUAAAGCUUUUGAUAAUGUGGCUCAAAUGAACUAUACGGAAGCUGAACAAACUUGUAUUAAUGAUCAAGGAACAGUGCUGAACAUAUCUGACAAAAUUUAUGUAGAAUUUUUUAAGCUUUCCCUUUUUCGGUCCGAUGAUGCCUCUGGUUGGUGGAUAAAAAAAUCUAACUCGGUUUGUUCUUCACUGGAAAUUGAUGGCCUGCAGCAAAAUGUGAACUGUGAGACAAGCAAAAGAGUCAUUUGCCAGAGAUACUAUGGUGUUGGAGGUCCAGCUGUGUCGGACAGUGUGUGUACAGAUGGGUUCCAACUUUUUGACAGUAAAGGAACUUGCAUAAAAUUAUUUGCACAGAAGGAAAAGUGGAACAAAGCAACGGAAGUUUGUCAGCAUAAUGGGGCUACAUUGCUAAAUAUUGGAAACGAGGAAGAAGAAGAUAAUUUAUUUUCCCUUAACUUGGAUGAUGAUAAAGUGUGGCUUGGUGAAGUUUACAGUGUCAAGGCAGAUAAAUGUGUUGUGCAAACUACAGAAAAACAGUUCAGCCAGACCUACUGCCAUUAUAGACAUAGCUUUAUUUGUGAAAAAAAAGCUAAGCAGUGUAACAAUGGCUACCGGCUGUUUGAUGGUUAUUGUUAUAAACUACAUAGCAAUGAGUCCACAAAUUCAGAAGCUUCCAGUAUCUGUCAAUCUGAAAACACAGAGCUGGUGCUUGUAGGUGAUCCAGAUGUACAGUCUUUCUUGUUUGGAAUUAUUCAACAAACAUCCUUAAACUUGUGGGUUAACAUGGCUGGAAGUGAGCCCUCUUGUGUUGUCUUAAAGAAAGAUCAAAAUAGCAUUCAGUUUAUCACAGAGAACUGUCAAAACCAAUAUGCUUUUGUCUGCCAACACAAAGCUCAUUAUAUCGUCUACACUAUGAGAGGUUCUGGGCUGUAUGAUUUAUACAGAAGCCUGGAGCGAGUUUCCGGUUCAACAAACUAUUCAAUGGCUGAGGUAAAAUGUGCUGACAGAGGCGGCCGACUUGCUGACAUUACUGAUGGUAGAACUCAUAAUUAUGCAGCUGAGAAACUUGCUGUCACCAGUCGUCAUUGGAUGGGUUUGUCAUCACGCUGGUAUGAUGGCACUUGGUACUUCAGUGAUGGCCAGAAACUUGGUUCAUUCUUUAAAGGAGUAAGAAGGAAUAUAAGUGAGAGUGAAGAAUUGUGCAUGGUCUUUUUUCAUCAAAAGCACCUGUCAGGACAUGACUGUAAUCAGAAAAUACCUUUUAUAUGUGAGGUAGAAUCUAGUGGACUAAGAUUGCAAGAAAAGAAUAUCUUCUUCAAAAAUCAGUGGAUUGAGUUGAUAGAUUACGAUAGCUCAGCAUCAAACACAGCUAGUGUUUUUAAGGAUGAUACUCCUCAGGACACGAAAGAUUUCUUGAGGCAGUGGAGUUUGGCAGCAGGCUAUGGCAGUAUCUCAAAAAAUUCACAGGACAUUCUUCUUAUAACUGAUGGCCAAACUGAUCAUGCAUUCCAAAUAAUUCCAAGAUCAUGUCCACAAGGGUAUAUCAACUAUGGUAGAACAUGUUAUAAAUAUGUUGAUGUACCACAGAAGUUCUUCAUGGCAUUGUUAUAUUGUGCACGUGAGAGUAGUUACUUGGCUUUGAUAAAAGAUAAAUUUGGAAUUGAGACACUACAGAUUCUACUACCUAGUGGUACAAAUGCCUGGGUUGGAGGAUACCAUUAUGGUGGACAGUGGAGAGGAUCAGAUGGAGAAAUCAUUCCAGUUUUUAGUGAAUGGGACAAAGACAAGAAUAAAAACCCUGUGUCUAAUGAUAAGUGUGUGUACCUUUCAAGCAAUGACUCCACACUUUUGAGAUCAGACUGUGAUGUAGAGUAUACUUUUGUAUGUGAAAAUCCAGGUAACCUAGAGUGUGAUGGGGACAGUAUUUUUAUAGAUGGAAAGUGCUACCUUGUUAAUGCUGACUUGGUAACAGAACAAGAAGCCUACCAGCUGUGUAAAGACCAGGUGUACAAAGAUCUCGCAGUUCCACAUGGCAGUAUCCCACAACUUAUUCUUAGCAUGCAUGUACAAUUUCACAGUAAUGACUCGGUAAAGGAAUCUCCAUCUUUUUGGUUGGGGUUGAAGUACAAAAUGAACAUUAAAGAUUGGUACAAUUAUCCUAUAAUUGGACGUCACCAAAAUAGAUACACUAAUUGGUACUCUUCUGAACCUAACUUGGAGAGAAAGGUUCUGGGAGGCAUUGGAGUUGCUUUGAUGUCACCCACAUACAAUUGGUUCCAGGUUGCACACGGUGAAGAAAUUUUUUAUUUUUGUCAAUACCAAGUGUGCUACAAUCAGACGACUGACCGGCUAAACGAGACCUGUAUUAUACCCAUUACUUUCCCUGGUUUGCCCGUGACUAAUAUGUCAUGUGUUAUGGAAGAGGGAGACACAGACUCAUGGUGUAGCACAGGUGUAGACUUUGACUGGAAUCACAAAGACAGCAACAGUCGGUACAUCUGUCCCAGUACCUGUCCAGUUCUGAUGAUACGUCUCACUUUUUUGGGAUUGCUGUAAAAUGCAACAGAUAUAACCUUGUAAAAAAUGUAAUUUCAACUUAAUUCA